GAUGCUGAGCGUGACAUCAGUUGAGGCUGGAUCGCCCGUUGGUGUCAAGAGGGACUGGAUUGCGUUUUUUGUUUCAGCGGCAAGCAAUUGGCAUGGGGACUUUUCGAUUUGCGCAGCUCCGCAGUGUGUGUGCUCUAACAACUUUGAUCAUUUCAACCACCUAUUGUCAAAGCAGCGAAGGAAGAAAACCGACCUAUCUGACUGCAGAAAUCGGUGAGUCUGAGCUUCUUAACUGCGAGGUGGACUUUCCUCACGACUCAGUAGUGCCCUAUAUUUUGCGAUGGAAUAAAGAGGGCUCGCUUGCUUUUUCUUGGAACGGUCCCGAGGAGUUGGAUGUUUCGCAGGAUUUCAAAGGCCGCGUCUCGCGCUUGCACCACGAAAAAGACAGCCACUUCGGCCGAGGCGCGGUCAACCUGACCUCAAUCAGAGAAAGUGACCAGGGAUGGUACGAGUGCCAAGUUUUUUUCCCCAACAGGAAUCCCCCAACGCGACCAAACGGAACCUGGUUCCACCUAACAGUAGAAGGCGGGAAAGUGAUGACGAUUCCUCCUGUGAACCAGACAACGCACGAAGGCGAGAACGUGAACUUCAAAUGUGUGGCGAAGCAGAGCGGGGCCAGGAUUAUCUGGUACAGAGACGGCGUGCCUAUUUCAGAGAUCCCAGAACUGUGGGCCAGGUCGGAGGUGCAGAGUGACGGCACUCUAGUGAUCCUCAGAACAGAAUACAUCGACCCAGGAAUGUUUGUGUGCGAGGUGACUAAUGAGGCGGGAGAGAUGCAAACCGCUGGCGCCUAUUUAAACGUGCUAUACAAAGCGAAAGUGGUCAAGUCGCCGCCAGAACAGUAUUUAACUCACGGGCAAGGAGGAAUUUUGGACUGCUUCUUCAGGGCGAAUCCUCCAUUGACAUAUCUGAGAUGGGAAAAAGACGGGUUUCUCUACGACCCCUACAACGUGCCAGGAGUAUUUCUACUGCACAAUGGCUCCUUGGCGUUUGAUACGGUGGACGAGGCACAUGCUGGAAUUUACACAUGCACGCCGUUCAAUGACCUCGGCAGCGCAGGAUCGUCUGACCCCAUGAACGUGAUUGUCCAGCAGCCGCCGAUGUUCACGGUCCGGCCGGCAAGCUUGUACGUCCGCCGAAUCGGAAACAACGUCAAAAUGCACUGCGCCGCCGAAGCCGACGAAUACACCAAUCAAAACCCGCUGGUUGUGACCUGGUUCAGGAAAGAUGGAGCGGGACUCCCGCAUGGAAGGUUUCUGCUGGAGAACGGCAACUUGACCAUCAAGUCCCUCCUCCCGACUGACUCUGGCGUUUACAUUUGCACGGUAGCGAACGAAGCCGCAAGUUUGACUGCAGAAGCGGAGCUGGUAGUGGAGGAAGGCACUCUCAAGGCGCCUCACUCGCUCGCAGCCAGCAGUACGGAGGAUUCUAUUCUGUUAAAAUGGUCUUCAAGCGGAACCAGAAUGUCGCAACAUAUAUUAAUUUGGUACCGACUCGUGAGUUUGGAUGAAUGGAAGACAAUUAGCGUGGAAAAUAAAGUGCACGAAAUUAAUAUUGAAAACGUUCUUCCCGGCUCUCUUUACGAGCUCAUGGUUUCCAGCCGCGAUCCCCAUGGAGAGGGGCUAAUGAGCAAAACAUUGAGGAUCCACACUAAAGGAGAGCUAAAGCCUGAAAUCCAAGAUGUACAGCAAGAAGUAGUAGUUGUUGGAGAGCAUAAGGGUGCAGAACCAUUUGAUUCGGAAAACGGGCCCUCAAACGUUAGUGUGCGGGCCGUCAACGCUCCGUCCUGGAUCGUUUCGUGGAAAGACGACGGAAAACCAAGAAGAUACACAGUCCGAUGGAGAGAAACGAAGGAACCGCUCAGGGAAAGAGUGAUCGACACAACUGACAAAUGGCUCCUAGUGAAUGGCCUGGAGGAUGGUGAAACGUACGUAUUCGAGGUUCAGGCGCAAGGCGGCGGCCAGAGGGUGCAGCAGGUGGCAGAGGUGAACAGCAACACCGUGACCAGCGCAAAGGUGAUGGUGUUAUCCGUCUUAGUGUGCAUCAUCCUGCUGCUGGCCGUCGCAAUUGGUUCCUGGCACGUGGGAAAGUCGUGCAGACAUGAACACGCAAACUCCAACCCCCCAGAAUCAGAAGCCAAGAGGUACGGAGCUUUGGUGUGCGGUGUUCCGGCGUCCCCGGAAUCCCCUGAUAAUAUUUGGACGCCACCUCGAAUGCUUUUGUAGGAACAAUCUUUCCACUAACUCGGCAGGAACGGCCUCGCCAGUUUACGCCAGAGCUGCUUAUGACUGAGAUUGAGAUGUGUUGGUUGUUAUCUGAGGUCUUAAAUGAGCAGACGAGGUUGACUGCCCCCUCAAGUAUUGCAAGAUUGGUUAUAUCAUAUUAGGUAUUUUUUAUACUCCGAGAAAAUUAUUUGUAAUUGCCAACGAAAGGAAAUUAAUUUAUGACUAUCAUUAAAACAUGCUAUUUAUUGUAUUCAAAAACAAAAAAGAUAACCUAAAUUAAAUUAACGAUAUCGCUAUAGUUACAUUGUUCAUCACCAGUUGUUGUUGAAAUUUUAAUUAAAAUAAUAGACAUGGACCUGCAA